AUUCUAUGAUUGACUGUGCCCUUGUUAUAAACUCUGUUAUCUGUGGUUAUUAGUAACAACUGUUAAUUGCCUACUACGGAUAUUAUUAAUUUGUAAAUGUCUAUUUGAAUUAAUAUAUUGGUGAUAGUGCGGUGAAAAUUUUCUAGACUUUCGUAAUUCACGAAAAGUGUAACUUUGUUAUAGCGAACAAUUUUCAUAUGAUUUAUUUUCUUAGGUAACCCAUCCAAGUAGUAUAGUUCGUAAGGAUGGCUGAAGGUGCUCCAAUGAUGGCUGAAACUUCCAACUCAGAAACCAACUCUGCUCAAGCUAAUCUUCUUCAGCAAGCUCAACAAAACUGGAUGUAUUAUCAGCAUUAUAACAAUAUUGCAUCACAGCAAUAUGCUGAUUACUACCAGUAUUGGUCUCACAUGGGUGGAAAUCCAUAUGUUUAUCCACAAUUGAUGAACAUGAAAAAAGACGAAAUUCCUGUAAAUCCACCUUUGCCUAAAGGACCCCCACCCCCUGUGUCUCAACCUCUUUCUGUGCGGCCACCUUUAUUAAGUUCACCCAAACAAUUUGGUAACAUACGAUUCAAUAUUAACGGCAAACGUCCAUUAGCACCUAGUACUUUCCAACAAAAUACAUCGUUAAAUAGCGGCGCGGCAAAAAAAAAACGUAAACGUAAUAGGAACAACCAGCAGCAGCAGCAACAGCAACUUCAACAGUAUAAUUUCAAUAACCCUAAUAGUAAUCUACCCCCAUUGCCACCUCCAGAAUCGAAUGUCCCCAAGCCGGAACCUCCACCAGAAUUGCCCCCCGAUCCCCCAGCACCUCCAGCGACAGAAACAGAUGAUAAACCCCAAACAGUUAUAAAAAACAAUAUGGUAAAUGAAGUAAGUAAUAAUCCAACUGCAGAAUGGUCUGAUAGUUUGAAAAAAUAUGUUAGUGAUAGUUACGCAAAAUGUAAGACUGUAAUUGACAAAAACCAAGUAGAAAUAAUUUUGAAAGGAAAGAUUACUCAGGCCAUUAACUCAGGACAAAUGAAUAAAGAUUGGAGUAAAGAACCACUUCCAAGUAUACACAGUGAACGUAUGACCCUUGUACCAAAACCUAGUCCACAAAAAAAAUUGCCAUCAACUGUGGGAGCAAGAUUGGGCACUAGAGCUUCCACCUUGAGAAAAAAGAGCAGAUCAAGUUCCAGAUCACGAUCUAGAUCUAAAUCUCCUUUCACUAGGAAAUCAAGAUCUAGAAGUCCUAAAUGGCGUAGAUCAUCAAGUAGUUCCAGUUUAGAAGACCAGAAAAGAACCAAGUCACCUACUACGAAUCGAGGUAAAUUAGCUGAUAGAUUAGGUCCUUCAAAAAAAAUGACUGCCAAACAACUGAAAAAGGCCAAAGCAAAAGAGAAAAAAGCUCAAUUUUUAACAAAUUUCAAUUCUGGUUUGGAAGAGAAUAAAGAAAUUUUGAAGCAAAGAGCUGAACGUUUCAGUAACUCGAGCAAUGAGAAAAUACAUUUGCAUAACCUUCCGCCAGUAACAAAACAACAAGUAAUGGUCAUUGACAAGUUUUCUGAUGAUACCAGUGCAGACUUCGACUGGGAGCAAAUUCACGUUGUGGGUACUUGUCAAGAUUUGGAAAAAUCUUUUCUGCGUCUUACUAAGGCCCCAGAAGCUUGUGAAGUGCGACCUGUUCAAGUACUCAGAUUAUCUUUGCAAAAUGUAAAGGAAAAAUGGAUGAAAAAGCAAGAUUAUUAUUAUACCUGUGAUCAGCUCAAGUCAAUCAGACAGGAUUUAACGGUACAAGGUGUCAGAAGUGAAUUCACUGUUGAAGUUUAUGAAACACAUGCUCGAAUUGCUCUAGAAAAAGGGGAUCAUGAAGAAUUUAAUCAAUGUCAAACGCAGCUAAAGAUGCUGUAUGCAGAUUUAGGGGGGGCAAAUAGAAAUGAAUUUACUGCUUAUAGGAUACUCUAUUACAUAUUCACGAAGAAUAAUAUGGAUUUGAUGACAAUCCUAAAAACACUCUCGUUAGAGGAGAAAAAGGAUGAAUGUAUAAGCUUUGCUUUGAAAUUGAGGUCGGCUUGGGGACUUGGUAAUUUCCAUAGGUUUUUUAAACUGUACUCUGUGGCACCUCUUAUGUCAGGCUUUCUUGUAGAUUGGUUUAUAGAACGCGAACGUAAAGACUAUUUAAAAAGUAUAAUCAAAAGCUACCGUCAAAGCAUCCCACUAACUUUCCUGUUAGAAGAGUUGGCGUUCAAUACCCGGGAAGACUGUUUGCAAUUUCUUCUGCCUUUUGGUUUGACAUUCACCGAUGAUACGCAAAAUUUUAUCGAUUGUAAAAUCAGUAUGUCUGCGUUGCCAAAUAUAUAAGAGCAGAAUAGAUCUUUGCGAGGAGAGUGAGUUAUCGAUGGAAGAAGAUGGAUUGUGCUGUGUUUUGAGUUUCUGAGUUGGAAUUAGUAAACAGGACACUUCAGAUGAAUGAAUAACUACGAAUUUAGUUGUUGGAUCGAUUGGGACGCGUACCAUUUUCUCGUUUAAUUCCUUUUUGAAUCUCUGUUAGAGAUGUUGAUCUUCCUUGAAUGAAUAUUCGUCUUCCGAUCGUUAUUUUCUAUGAAUUUUGAGUGGGUAAAAUCUAAAGACCCUUUUACAACUUCUGCAGGUACACGUUGUACCUUAAUUCCCAGUAAGGACAGUGUUGAAAGUCGUCUAUAUUAUUCGAUAUGCAUAUAUGACUUUUCGACAUUGCUGUUUUAUUAUUUGUAUAUUUUGUAUAUAAUAUUUAAGUAUGAAUUCAAAAGAUAUUAAAUUAUACAUAAAUAGAUAAAUUAAGUACAAAAA